AUGGAUAUUAGUGUACUAUUGGAGAAUGCUAUCUUGAACCCCAACCCUGCCGACAGACAGAAGGCAGAGUUGGAUUUGAGCAAGCUUGCAGAGGAAAACUGGAUUCAGUAUGUUGGACUCUCGAUACAGGUACUUGGCGAUGAAUCAAAGAAAACCGAGAUUCGAAUGUUGGCAGGCUUGAAUGUGAAAAAUCAAUUGACAUCCAAGGACUCAGCGAAGAAACAACACCAGGCUGAAAGAUGGAUUCAGAUAGAUCAACCAACGAAAACCCAUUUCAAGCAGAUUGCCUUGAGCACGUUGCUUUCCAGCGACGAUAGAGUGGCAAACCAAGCCGCAUCGUUGGUUGCCGCUAUUGCAGAUAUAGAGUUGCCAAGAUCGGAAUGGCCCGACUUGAUCGAUAUCAUUGUUGAAAACACAAAGCCCGAAAAACCAGUCCACGUCAAAAGAGCAUCACUAUUGACCAUAGGUUAUAUCUGCGAAUCUGCCGACCCUACCAACUCAGUGGUUGCUGGAUACUCCAACGGUAUCCUUAUUGCCAUUGUACAAGGUGCACAAUCCUCUGAAGAAUCUUUAAUUGUGAGAAAAACCGCCAUUAAUGCAUUAGUGAACUCUUUGGAAUUCAUUGAAGCUAAUUUCCAAAGGGAAGGCGAAAGAAACUAUAUCAUGCAAGUGGUAUGUGAAGCUACCACAUCUUCUGACUUUGAACUACAAGCUCUUGCCUUUGGUGCUCUAGCCAAAAUUAUGAGUUUGUACUAUGACUACAUGGGUGUUUAUAUGGAAAAGGCACUAUACAGCUUAACUGUUGAAGGUAUGAAGAGCAAAGAUGAUCGUGUUUCUUGCAUGGCAGUUGAGUUCUGGAGUACCAUCUGUGAAGAAGAACUAGAUAUUCAAAUAAACAGAGAGACUACUGAAAACCCACAGGAUGACUACGUUUCUUUCAAUUUUGCAUUAAUUGCUAUUUCCGACGUUUUACCUGUUCUCUUGUCUUUGCUCACAAGACAGAAUGAAGACUUUGAAGAUGACGAUUGGACCGUCGCAAUGGCUGCUGCUGCAUGUUUGCAGCUAUUUGCACAAGAUACCACCAACUAUGUUGUUCAGCCAACUUUACAGUUUGUUGAAGCAAACCUUGGAUCUUCCAGCUGGAGAAACAGAGAAGCUGCUGUCAUGGCGUUCGGCUCAAUUUUGGAUGGUCCAGAUAGAAAUGAAUUGAAAGGUUUGAUUUCUCAAGCAUUGCCACCUAUCUUUUCCUUAAUCAAGGAUGAGAACUUGCAAGUCAAAGAUACCGUUUCUUGGUGUUUGGGUAGAAUUGCAGAAUUGGUUGUAGAUGCGAUUGAUACUAAUACUAUGUUGCCUGAAAUCAUGAAGGCCUUAGUUGAAGGGCUCAAGGAUCAUCCAAAAGUGGCCACUAACUGUUGCUGGACAUUAAUCAAUUUGACAGAACAAUUGUGUGGUGACCAUGCUUCAAGUGAUUCAACCAUCUUAUCCCAGUAUUUCCCAACUGUCAUCCCUGCAUUGCUUGAAGUUUCUUCUAAGUCGGACAACGAACAUUCCUCAAGAACGUCAGCUUACGAAGCGCUAUCCACUUUCAUAUUAUUCAGUGCCGCCAAUGAUAUCCCAUUAGUUUCUGCAAUUGCAACAGAAAGUAUUAACAGAUUGGACUCAACAAUUGCAAUGCAAACCGAAUACCAAACUGGAAGAAGAGCGCUCAGUGCUGAAGAUAAGGCCUUACUGGAAGAACUGCAAGCCAACAUUCUCUCCUUAUUGACAAAUAUUAUUAGAAGAAUUGGCCACGAUAUAAUCAAUGUUUCUGACAGUUUAAUGACCAAAUUUUUGAGUUUGUUACAAAUUCAGACUGCUGACUCAAUUAUCGAAGAAGACAUCUUCAUGGCUAUAUCAGCGAUUGCCUCCUCCAUCGGUAAAUCUUUUGAGACAUAUAUGCCUUCAUUUUUACCAUUUUUGACAAAAGCUCUAGAAAACGUUGACUCACCAGUUUGUAACUCUGCAAUCGGUUUGGUUGUUGACAUCUCCCACUCAUUGGGCGACUCUUUCAUUCCGUACUGCCAAGGUUUUAUGUCUAUUUUAGGUAACAUCAUUUCCAAUGUUAAUAUUCGUCGUGAAUUAAAGCCAUUGAUUUUGUCAUGUUUUGGUGACAUUGCAUCAUCUAUUGGUAACGAAUUCAUUCAAUAUUUGGGUGUUGUCAUGGGAAUCUGUUUGAGUGCACAGUCCAUUCAACCAACUGAUGACACAAUUGAGACUGAAGAAUUCAUUUUAACGCUUCAAGAAUCUGUCCUGGAUACUUAUGUUGGUGUUGUCGCUGGGUUACAUGAUAAUCCUGCACCUUUGUCCAACUAUUUACCACAACUCUUCAACUUCCUCACCAUGAUAUAUGCAAAUCCACUGUUAUGUAACAAUGAUACUGUCUACCGUGCAGCUGUUGGUCUACUAGGUGACAUAGCACAAAUUUUCCAAGGUACACCUCUAGAAUAUUAUAAACAAGAGUGGAUUACCACUUUCUUAAAGAAGGCCAAAAACAAUCCUAGAUAUUCCCAAAAUACCAGAGACACAGCAAAAUGGGCAAGAGAACAACAGAAGGCAAUGGCAGCGAUCUUAUGA